AUGUCCGUCAAAUUUGAAGAUGAGGUGUCUCGAUCGCUUCGUAAAGACACCAAGGAGUUGGCGCAUAAGGUCGGCGAACGGUUGACUGGAGGAAAGUCCGAGACCGGUUAUCUGGCUCUGUAUCUCCGUCAACUUCAGUCGAACCCGUUGCGCACCAAGAUGUUGACGUCGGGUGUUCUCUCCGGUCUGCAAGAAUUCCUGGCCUCCUGGAUUGCACAUGAUGUCAGCAAAAACGGACACUACUUCAGCGCCCGCGUGCCGAAGAUGCUUCUCUACGGAAUGUUCAUCAGUGCCCCCUUGGGUCAUUUCCUCGUGGGCAUUCUUCAAAAGAUCUUCGCCGGCCGGACAAGUCUGAAGGCGAAGAUCUUGCAGAUUCUCGUCAGCAAUCUCGUUGUCUCCCCUAUUCAAAAUGGAGUCUACCUGUGUUCAAUGGCGAUUAUCGCUGGCGCGCGCACCUUCCACCAGGUCCGCGCCACCGUUCGCGCCGGGUUUAUGCCCGUCAUGAAAGUCAGCUGGGUGACUUCGCCCAUUGCCCUGGCUUUCGCGCAGAAGUUCCUCCCCGAGCACACCUGGGUGCCAUUCUUUAACAUCAUUGGUUUCGUGAUCGGAACCUACGUCAACACCCACACCAAGAAGAAGCGUUUGGAGGCCCUGAGAAGGCGUUACGACCAACGCCGUGCCCCAGGCAGUGAGUACGACAAGGAAUACCGGUAG